CCACGGAGACGGAGGAGGACGACUGGGACGCACGCGCCAGUUUGCUGCCCUAAUCACGUGGAGGGGGUGAAGAUGGCGGCCGCCCAGGCGGUGCAAGAAAUGCGGACCCGCGUGGUUCUGGGGGAGUUCGGGGUUCGCAAUGUUCAUACCACCGACUUUCCUGGUAACUAUUCGGGCUAUGAUGAUGCCUGGGACCAAAACCGCUUCGAGAAGAACUUCCGUGUGGAUGUGGUGCACCUGGAUGAAAACUCGUUGGAGUUCGACAUGGUGGGAAUUGAUGCAGCCAUUGCCAAUGCUUUUCGACGCAUUUUAUUAGCUGAGGUGCCAACCAUGGCUGUGGAAAAGGUCCUCGUAUACAACAACACAUCCAUUGUCCAGGAUGAGAUCCUUGCUCAUCGCUUGGGGCUCAUUCCUAUUCAUGCUGAUCCCCGUCUUUUUGAGUAUCGGAACCAAGGAGACGAAGAAGGCACAGAGAUAGAUACUCUGCAGUUUCGUCUUCAGGUCAGGUGCACACGGAAUCCCCAUGCCGCUAAAGAUUCCUCUGAUCCCAACGAACUCUAUGUGAACCACAAAGUGUACACCAGGCACAUGACAUGGGUGCCCCUGGGGAAUCAGGCUGACCUCUUCCCAGAAGGCACUAUCAGGCCUGUGCAUGAUGAUAUUCUCAUUGCCCAACUGCGGCCUGGCCAGGAGAUUGACCUACUCAUGCACUGUGUCAAGGGCAUUGGCAAAGAUCAUGCCAAGUUUUCACCUGUGGCAACAGCCAGUUACAGGCUCCUGCCUGAUAUCACCCUGCUUGAGCCUGUGGAAGGGGAGGCAGCGGAGGAGCUGAGCCGGUGCUUCUCACCUGGGGUCAUUGAAGUGCAGGAGGUCCAAGGUAAGAAGGUGGCCAGAGUUGCCAAUCCCCGGCUAGAUACCUUCAGCAGGGAAGUGUUCCGGAAUGAGAAGCUGAAGAAGCUUGUCCGACUUGCUCGGGUUCGAGACCACUACAUCUUCUCUGUCGAGUCAACAGGGGUGUUGCCACCAGAGGUGCUAGUGAGUGAAGCCAUCAAGGUACUGAUGGGGAAGUGCCGGCGGUUCUUGGAUGAACUGGACGCAGUUCAGAUGGACUAAGCCUGCACCGGGCUUCUUGGCGUGGCUGGGCUGCUCCCAAGCCAGGCUGAAGAUCUGGGGUCCUGACCUGCCCUCACAGGACUGCCACAGAGUCCAGUGUGACUGGAGGUCCUGGGUUUUCUGGGACAAGUCUAGCCUUUUCAGUUGAUACAUUUUGUUAAAUGUGCCACAGAAUGUGACGUGCCUUUGUAAGGCCUUCAUGUAAAUAAAAUCAUAUCCAAAUAAAAA